GUGUAACACCCUCUGGCUUUAAGUGUCUUAUACAAGCCUUUACUCACUCAGCACUGAGCUGUGCCUAAGCUGGGAUUGAGGGAGAAUCCUAUUUAGGAAAACACCCUUUGAUGAAGGAAGCGUGAAGCAAAGAGGAAUUUUUGCACGGAUGUUUCCAAGUGUGACGGGCACAGCAGUGCCACGACCAUCUCCAUCCAGAAGGGCUCCUGGGGCAUUGCAGACACCUCRGCAUGAGAGGGGAGCCCUGAUUCAGCCCUGAGCAUCUCAGCUGGCUGUGGUUGAGGAUUAUGAGAGCUGUUUUGAUCAGGGGAAAAUUUCUGUUUUUAGCACAGGCGGCAAUUAAAAUAGCUCGCGAAUCUCAACGCCUCGGGGAGCUGUCAUAAAAGGAGGAAGAAAAUCCAUCUUCUGGACUCCCCUGCAGCCASAGAUGAGCCUGGAGGGAGCAGAGGAGAGGAGAGCCUGAGGUUCACCUGGUGGAAAAGGACAAGCCGAGACCUCGAGCCGGAUAGCGCCACUUUGAUCCCGAGAUGGCUGUGGAGGAUCUCCGGGCUUCCAGCACCCCUUUCUCGCUCUCCUUUUCGGGCAGUGGCUUCCUGGCCCUGUACCAGGUUGGGGUGGUGCAGUCCCUGCUGGAGUUGGCUCCUGAACUCCUCAAGUCUGCCUGCAAGGUCUACGGCUCCUCGGCCGGGUCGCUCAUCGCUGCCGCCGUCGUGUGCGGCGUCGGCCUCGAUGACCUAAAGGAGUUUUUCUUUGCACUGGCAACGGAAGUCAGGAAAACCAUCCUGGGCCCCCUCUCUCCCAAGUGCAGCUUGCUGGCCAAACUCAAGACUGUCCUGCAGCGGAUGCUGCCCGAGGAUUCCUACCUGCUGGCCUCGGGGMGGCUGCACAUCUCGCUCACCAGGGUGGUGGAUGGUCAGAAUGUCAUGGCCUCGGAGUUCAGCUCCAAGGAGGAGCUCAUCCAGGCUCUUCUCUGCAGCUGCUUUCUUCCUAUUUACUGUGGAUUCAUCCCUCCAUCCUACCGAGGAGUGCGCUACGUGGAYGGAGGCUUCACGGGCCUGCAGCCRGUGUCCAGCCUGGAGGAGCCCGUGAUCACCGUGUCCCCRUUCACCGGCGAGCUGGACAUCUGUCCCCGGGACUGCCCCGCCAUCUUCUUCUGCUUCCAGAUCUUCAACGGCAGCAUCCAGAUCUCCAUUGAGAACCUGUGCAGGAUCAGCUACGCUCUCUUCCCGCCCAGCACCAUGGUUUUGAACGACAUUUUCUCCCAGGGGUACCAGGACACUGCCCUUUUCCUGUACAGGAACAAUGCCUUUGGCUUUAAYUACUUCGAUGGCAAUUUCCGCUUCGGCAGCACCUGUGGGAAGAAUGAUUCUGGACAAUCCAAUGGGGCACACCCCGGCCUGUACAAAAGGGUYCCUCAGUGCCUGACCCCUUACUUCCUGCCAGGCUUGUGGAAGAAGGAGCAGGUGAACGGGCUGCAGGACCCACUGGCGAAGGUGCUGCUGCAGCCCUACAGGCUCCCAGCUUUAUUCAGGAAGGGGGUGAAGAAAGUGUGGGGGCUGCUGGAAGGUGUCAGCUCCCUGCUACAGCGAAUCCACAAGUUCCUCCAAAUUUUGGUGCCUGGUUUGACGAAGAGAGCUGGGGACAGGAGGUAACAAGGAUCAUCCUGCAUGGGCCCUGGGGGUCUCCAGCUCUGUCUCAGGAUGUGGUGAGCAUCACCAGMACGCACCAACAUGGCUGAUGGUUCUCAAAGGAGUUUUUGGGGAGUAUUUUCUUCAGAACCUGCCUGGUUGUGUCUCCAGUGYUGCCACUGCAGUGCCCCUGCUCAGGCUGGACCUGCUUUUCCACGAUGGCCAAGGCAAAGCUCUGGGGCUGCUCCUGGGACCCACCCCAGGCUGUAGGGGCCACCUCAGCCCAGUCCUUUCCCURCCCAGUCCAUCUCCUCCCCAACAGCAGCAUUCCUUCCCUGAUUUAAUGCAGAUUACAGGUUGGGCAUUUACCAGAAAAUGCCAUAUUUAUGUGUUUUCCUCCUACUCAAAAACUUUCAGAGAGAUUCCUGAGACAAAGAGAGAGAGAGAGGGAGAAAGGGAGGGAAACCUUAAGGAGCAUCACACUGGGCAGGAAUUAAUUUUUGUCCAGUUCCCUGAAGUUUUUUUUACUGAUUAUCAAUUCUUGAGCCUCACAACCCCCAUAGCUCUGCAUGAUUGAGGGGGCACUCCCACCCCCAGCCUGUGGAGGUGGGAUUGCAUUUGGAUCCCCCUGGAAAUUGCAGCUGCGGAGAAGGAUGGAGAAACCUAAAGAUUAACUUCCUCCUACUUCAGAGUCCUGCAGGCUGCAUUUCCUGACAUUUCACAAAUAAUUGAGUUCUCCUGCCAUUGUCUGUAAGUCAGGGCCACACACAGAGCAUGGCCCARGMAAACACACCCUGUGCUGCUGGUCUGUACACAGAAUUAAGCGGCAGCACUCUGAAUUUUCCCAAAUUUGUGUUGCACAUCAGAGGCUGAAGGAUUGGCUCUGCCCCAAGUGUGUCUGGUUGGUUCCCGACAGGCAGCAAAUGGAUCCCAACAGCACCAGCUGUUUAUUGGAGUAAACAGCCUGUUUAAUUGCACAAAAGGAAAGGGAACAGAGGGAAAUUUCAUCCAAAGAGUCCUGGAGACUGCAGGAAUGAAUGUGGGGAGUAGAUGAAGGCAGCUUUGAUGUAACCAGACUCAGAGUUAGCGAUGAAUGCUCUGUGAAAGAUCAGUAUCCUGUGUUCUGCCAUCUCUGGUUGAAGUCAGUGACCUGGAAAUAUUUUCUCUGGCACAAGUUUACUAAAAGAAACCUGGAUGGUUAUUUCCUAGUCCCAACUUUCUCACAGAAUGGUUUGGGUUAAAAAGGAUCUUAAAGAUCACCCAGACUCACCCCCUGCCAUUGGCAGUAACAUCUUCCACUAUCACAGAUUGUCCCAAGCUCUGCCCARCCUGGYCUUGGACRCUUCCAGGGAUCCAGGGGCAGCCAYAGCUUCUCUGGGCASCCUGUGCCAGGGCCUUCCCAUCCUCACAGGGAASRAUUUCUUGCCAAUGUCCUGUCUAACCCUGCCCUCUGGAGCCAUUCCAACUCAUCCUGUCACUCCAGUUCCUGAUGAGCAGUCCCUCUCCAGCUUCCCUGCAGCCUCUUCAGAUCUUAGAAGUAGUUCAAGUCUCCACAAAACCUUCUCCAGGCUGAACUUUCUCAGCCUAUCUUUAUAGGGAAGAUGCUCCAGUCCCCUUAUAAUUUUCUGGCCCAUUUUGAUGGAUCCCAUUUGCAUUGGAUCCUGCCUGCUCCUGUCUUUGAUCCACCCAGGAUUGAUUUACAUCUCUCAACCACUGCAGCUAAAGCCAGGCUGCUCAAAUCCAGCUGUUCCUGCCACAGGGCAAAGUCAAAGGCUCACAGACACCCACCCCUCCCCAGGCAGGGACAAUCAAACCAUUAUUUGCUUUUGUACCUCUGCUCCCUCCCACUUACCCAACAGCUCUUUUUCCAGGCUCCUGCAAGCACCAUGCCCACUUCCAGGAAGGAUUUUACCAUUUCAGACAGCCUGAGGAAGUUACCCUGCUGAAAUUUGGAUUAAAAUACCCCCAAGAAAAUUCUUAUCUAGGAAUUGGACUUCCAAAUCCAUUAAAUUUGCAUGAAGUUUGCAUCUGCAAACUUCAGCCACAAAUAGGAGCAUAGCUUAAACUGCCCAGGGCAUCUCACAUGCCCCAUGUGGUGCUUGAUCACAAAAAAAAAAAUGAGUAAAACUUUGAGAGCUUUAACAAAAAAACAGCCUGCAAGGAAUCCUCAAACUAAAAUGUCUCAGCACAGAACCCUCCAGCUCCAAACCUGCAGGAAUGAGUAAGAAAUAAGUAUUUAAUGACUCAAUAUUCAAAUCAGCUGGGUUUUGCUUUAUUAAUCCCUCAUCUGUUCAGGCAAGCAGAGCUGGUGUUGUCUCCUCUCAUGAGGAGCUUGGGGCUAAUGGCAACAGGAAGCUUUGCCAGAGGGAAUGGAUAGAGGCAAAGUUUGGCAUUGAUUGGAAUCACCUUGUGCAGGAGUUUGUUUCACCCCAAGGAAGCACAGUGGGAACCCCAGGUGCACCCAGAUGGGAUAGAACCAGCCUGAAAUUUCUCUCCAGGGGUGGGAAUCACCCAAGGGCUGGGACAGAGAUAGAAGGGSCUGUGAAAUUGUUGUCACAGUCCGUGUGCUCCUCGGGGCAGGUCAGGCUCUGUUCCAAGUUGAUCAUUGCCUCUUUAAAACAUAAACUGGGGCCAAAGGCAGCAGCAGGGUCACAAAUGCUCUUCUGUGGCUGGCCUCRCCCUAAAGGGAAUAAAACCAUGUUGGUCAGUCUGACAGACACCUCUGGCAGUUCAUGUGGGACAAACUGAAUUCAAAUGCCUGGGCAGAGCUGCUUCCCUUCCUCCUGUUGUCUAAAAGGCAGCAGGUUUUGGUAUCCUUAAAAUGCCACCCUUGUACCCUUGUCCUGUUGCUUGUCUCGUUCUGCUUUGAACUCAGCAGAAACGUGAAGCCUGAAGGAAGGGAAGAGAGUUUGGACACAACCCAAGACAGCAGGAGCUCCCUCUGGAGCUGGAUCCCACUGCAGGUCUAGGGGAGGAGUCUGACCCAUGCAACCGAGCCCAGCAAAGCCAAACACGUGCCCAGUCGUGCCUGUGGACCCAGCUCUUGGCUGCAGGUGCUCUGUGCCAGUCUCUGCUUCCAGUCUAGGCACUAAGGAGGGUGCAAUUCCUUGUGCAAUUGUCCUGCUGGGCACAUGGAGAAUAAACAAAUCSGUUUGGAUAACCUGCUAAUCCAGCCCCAGCCUCAUGGGAUUGCAAGCUCCAGACACUUGUUCUUUGGAMAUAACACUUGUUCAAGAAAUCAGGUACAAGUUGUUCACAAGUUUCUCCCCCUGCUGCUUUGGUAGCAUUGAUGAUAUUCUAGUUUUGCACAGAUAAACACUGAAAUAGUGUUUUCCUGGCCUUGAUCAGCAGGCCUUUUCCUCCCCAGAACUGGAAAAUCUGAUGUGCUUCUCCUCAGGAGACUGAGACCCUGGACUCACCCCUUGGCUCUCUGGCCUAACAAAUGUUAGGCUCUCUGUUAGGCUCUCUGGCCUAACAAAUGAGCCCUGAUGCCUCCAAUAGGAGGAAAUUUUCACCUGGGGCAGGUGAAAAAUGUUGCAGCCCAGCUGCAAACCAGAGACAGCGAUUCCUGAUAGCCCAGAGCUGCCCAACAUCCAAAGAAACCUUGAUCCUACUGUGUGACUUCCAAAAGCUCCAAGUAGCUCAGACUGAUGGAGCUUUUACAAAAACAAUCAGGGAAGCGACUUGUACAGCCUAGCACUGUGUCCUGCAUUUCUUAGUGGGUCUAGAGUUGGUUUGUUUUCAAUGRAAAUAUCUUCCUUGCUUCCAUUUUAUGUUUUCCAAACUUUUCUUUUUAGAUCUGGAAAGGUAACAAUCCUAUUCUUUCCCCUUUAUAUUCCUCAUUUGGUGUGGGCCUCCUAGAUAUAGCAGAWYAAU